GGUGCCAGUUCCCAUUGUCAUACCAGCACACAAGGGUGAAGAAACACAGGAAUCUCUGAUAACAGAGAUCUGUCAGGGACAGGACACAGCAGCCCCUUUAAACAGAGAUGGCCGACUUCCUCUCCGACCUGGUUCAGUACCAGAAAUUCUUUCAAAUGAUAUUUGUGCUGGGAAUUGGUGGGACCUUCCAAAUAGGCUUUCAAGUUGCCAUGAUCACCUACACUUCCAUGCAUGUUAAGAGUUUUAUCAAUGAAACUUGGCUGGAGCGAUAUGAUUCUCCCAUUCAGUCUGAGAACCUCUUGUUGCUCUGGUCAUUCAUCGUAUCCAUCUUUGGUAUUGGGGGAAUCUUGGCAUCUAUGAGCAGUGGAUACCUGAGUGUAAAAUAUGGCAAAAAGAAAUGUCUAAUGGGCAACAAUUUGCUCAUGUUAGUGUCUGCACUUUUCCUGGGCUUCAGCAGGAUGGCCAGGUCUUUUGAGAUGAUUCUUAUAGGACGCUUGCUAUGUGGCAUGAGUGCAGGUUUUGCUUUGCUUCUACAUCCUCAAUAUAUUGGGGAAAUUUCCCCCAAGAAGCUACGUGGAUUUGGAAACUCUACUGCCGCUGUUUUUUGGGCACUAGGAAAAUCCAUAGGGCAAGUUAUGGGACAAAGAGAGCUUUUAGGAAGUAAAUCCUUGUGGCCUAUGCUGAUGGCCUUGGGUGGAAUUCCAGCAUUGGCUCAACUGGUCACUCUGCCAUUCUUUCCUGAGUCCCCACCCUACUUCCUGAUACAUAAAGGAGAUGAGGACGGCUGCAUGAAAGCCAUGAACCAGCUUUGGGGUGAAGGGCAUCAUCAGGUUGAGAUUGAUGAAAUGCUGAAAGAGAAGAGUGCAAUGAAAAAUACAAAGGUCAUGAGCAUCUUGGAACUAUUGAAAGAAGCUUCUUUUCGUUGGCAGCUGUACACCUUAAUUUCCCUUUCAUUUACAAUACAGCUUUCUGGCAUCAAUGCAAUCUACUUUUAUGCACUUGAUGUGCUCCACACAGCUGGGUUUGAUCAAGACACUAUCUCCUACAUGUCACUGGGAAUUGGUUUCUGUGAACUUAUCUCUGCUAUAUUCUGUACCGUCAUCAUUGAGCGGUGUGGCAGAAAAGUACUGCUUUGGUGUGGCUACUGGAUCAUGGCUUUCUUAGCAGCAAUCCUCACAGUGACAAUCUCACUGCAGGAUUGGUUCUUCUGGGUGCCGUAUUGCAGCCUUGGUUUGAUUAUCAUAUAUGUGAGUUGCUUCGCAAUUGGGCCAGCUGGUGCUACAGCGUCCGUUAGGGUUGAAAUCUUUGAUCAGUCAUCCAGACCACCUGCCUUUGUAAUUGGUGGGUCUCUCAACUGGACAGGACUCUUUGUGAUUGGCAUGACUUUCCCAUUUAUUGUGGAGAGCCUUGGCCAAUUCUGUUUCCUUAUCUUUAUGGGAGUGCUUUUCAUCUCAGGGAUUUCUAUCUACCUGUUCCUUCCAGAAACAAAGGGAAAAUCUGCCAUGGAAAUCAGAGAAGAAUUCAACAAGUUAAAUUUUAGGAAGAAGUGUGUCCCAGACAUUGAAAAGAACUUCACUGAGGAUUAUACCUUCUGUACCAAGCUCUGAUUUACCAUCAGGGAAGUCAGCGUCUCUUAAAAAGCAAGGGAAAAGAAAGACUUCUCACUUUCAGACUGGCAAGUAAACCAAAAUGGACUUUUGAUUUUAAUCUGUCGUUUACUAUUCCCAUUUUGCCUAAGCAUCACAUGUUUUCAGACAUGGUGUUCUCUGGACAACACAAAAGCAAGAUGAUAUCUGUGAGUAAUGGAUACAGAAUUCAAGAUUGCUAUGGCAGAGCAUGCUGGUUUCACUCAACGAAAUGUGUAUCUUCUUUCAUAAUUUCCGUCAAUGAAGCAAAAAUUCAAAUUUUGCUUAAGUUUUUAAACAAUUUUCUGAUGAACCAUAGGGAAGAGAAGGCAUGCAGACUCACCUCUUCUACAGGAAUUUCAAUUUAUAUUUCACAACAAAGAACCUGGAAUAUUUAAGUUAUUGAUUUGCUGCCUCAGGCUGGUUAAGUUCAGUCUGUGAUGGACCCAGGAAAAGUUAAAUGGUAUAUGAAAUAAAAUCCAAUGUUGCUUUAGAUUCUACAACACAGAACUGGAAAAUUUUAGGUCUACAUUAUUCAGUUCUUACAUGAACUGCUUUCAGACCUGUGCAAGAUUUUUUUUUUUUGGUUGAAAAUCCAGUAGCCUUGGUAGUCUGAGUUCCUCUAUGCUUCCUGCUUGUUCUAUUUCUAGAUGAUGCUUGGUCUCUCUGCAUCUUCCUCCCUGUCCUGGGUCUCACUAAUCUGACUGCUGCCUUCAUAUUACAUGUACCAUUUGUUGGGUAACAACACACUUCUAAAACUAAAUUAGCUUUUUAUUAAGAUAACUAUAGCGAUGCUGAAACGACAAGUCUCAUUCUUUCCACAUGUGCACAGACUGGCUCCUUGGUGCCGCUUCAAAACUUUUCCUUCCUAUAAUACGGUAUUUGUGAAGCAUAGGUUUUGAAGGGACAAAUACCACAUUGUAGGAAGGAAGAGUUUUGAGGAGGCGCCAAGGAGCCAGUCUGUGCGCAGCAGUCAGCUUAGUGAAAUUUGGCAGAGGGUCACUGUAGAACACGUGAGGAAAUGGGUUCACCCUGCUUGCCAGCUCUUUCCAAGUCCCACCUCACCUCCUGGCUCUCGCCUACCAUGACUUUGAUGUUUUUUGGUUGUUGUUGGGAGAAGGGUCCCUGGGGCUUGGAGUAGCCUUAUUUGUCUGGCCAGGCCAGCACCACCUGGGGCCUUUGCUCUCCCUUGGCACUCCCCCUUUAUGGGAGUGCUCCGAUAGAUGUCUGUGGGCUCAUCCAGGCUUCACUUGUCACAGCCUUGCCCCUUUUUCUCUGGCUGCCCCAUCCACCUUGCUCCACUAAUUAGUACCUGAGCUCCCCGGUAUCAGCCCUGCCUUAAUAUGGCAGGCCCUCAUGGGGGUCCAACCUUACUACACUAGUCUCUGCCCCUCUGGCUUAGGGCUAAUUUCUGGCACCUAUAACAGAGGAACGUACCCAGGCAGUCCUGCUCCUGGCCUCCUCUGCCCCUGUAGCCACAAUCUGGUCCUUCGCUCUCAAGUUAAAAAAAAUGGAAUAUAAAACACAAGCCAGCUGCUUCAUAAACAGUCUCCCUCCCUCAGGUUUAAUGUUACCCACAAGCUCUACUUCCACUGGAGCUAUCUUACCUCCAGCUCCCCCAGGGUAGUUUAGAUGCCUGCCUGUUCAUCUCUAGCAGCCCUGCUCUCCUAGAAGCUCCUCUUCCCCCUGCAGGGACUGCUGCCCUAGCAUGCUCAGAGACUGGGCUUAUAUCUCCCAGCCCAGCCUCUUCCCAGUUAGGGGACUCAGUAGUGGCCUUAGGGGAGGGCAAACGAGGUGACUGUCUGGGUCCCCACACUUUAAGAAGCCUACAUUUUGGGGGGUGACGUUUUUGCAAGAAAGUGGCUCAUCAAAAUUAAGCCUCUAAGAGGCCCCAAAUGACCCUCUUACUCAGGGCCCUAACAACCCUAAGGCUCUGCACCCUACCCCCAGGAACCCAGGUGCAGCUAAUUGCUUCAUUAGCCCCCUGGCCUUAAUCCCUAGCUCAGUCUACAUGGGCUCCUACUCCUUACUGCCCUUCCUGGCCCUGGUUUCCUACCCUUUCAGGCCUUCCUAUUAACAGGGAAAGGAGUUCCCCAUUACAGUCAUCUGAAUCUCAAUUUUCCAUCCAUAGUAUGUAAAUAAUUAUCUACAAAAUCAUUAAAAAGGUAUUAGCUA